CACCGCUCUUCUGCACUCGCACUCCAGUCCCUCUUGCGUUCGCCCGUUCACUCUAUCCCCACGCUCCAAUUCAGACUCGCAGCCUCGACGAUCGCUUUUAUUUAACGAAUUUCACAGUGUUUCUGCAGUCUCGCCAUGUGCGGAAUUUUUGGCUACAUUAACUACUUAGUCGAGAAGGACAGGAAGUACAUUCUCAACACUCUGAUCAAUGGCCUCUCGCGUCUAGAGUACCGUGGGUACGAUUCGGCUGGGCUCGCCAUCGACGGUGACAAGAAGAACGAAGUGUUUGCAGUCAAGGAAGUCGGGAAGGUUGCAGCGCUAAAGAAGUUGGUUGAGGAGGCCAAUUUCGACGAGAACAAGGUCUUCGACUCACAUGCUGGAAUUGCCCACACUCGAUGGGCCACCCACGGCCCGCCCUCGCGCGUCAACUGCCAUCCCCACAGGUCCGAUCCGAACUGGGAAUUCGCAGUCGUGCACAAUGGCAUCAUCACCAACUACAAGGAGCUCAAGACACUGCUGCAGAGCAAGGGCUUCAAGUUCGAGACCGAGACAGACACCGAGGCAAUUGCUAAGCUCGCCAAGUACAUCCAUGAUGAGCAUCCAGACAUGGAGUUCCCUGUGCUGGCGAAGACCAUCAUCAAGGAGCUGCAGGGCGCCUUUGGUCUGCUGCUGAAGUCCGUCCAUUACCCCCACGAGGUCAUUGCCGCGCGCAAGGGAUCGCCGCUGGUUAUUGGCGUGCGAACGCAGAAGAAGAUGAAGGUUGACUUCGUGGACGUGGAGUACACUGACGAGGCUACUGCCCUCCCCGCCGAGCGUGCCUCGCAAAAUGUUGCCCUGAAGAACGUCAACAACCUGCUUGCUCCCCCAGACAAGUCUCUCCUCCACCGUUCGCAGUCCCGUGCCUUCCUAUCUGACGAUGGUGUGCCAAUGCCGACCGAGUUCUUUCUGUCCUCCGAUCCUUCGUCGAUUGUCGAGCACACGAAGAAGGUUUUGUAUUUGGAGGAUGACGAUAUUGCCCACAUUCACGAAGGCUCACUCAACAUCCACCGCCUCAAGAAGGACGAUGGAGCCUCUAACGUGCGCACCAUCCAAACUUUGGAGAUUGAGCUUCAAGAGAUCAUGAAGGGACGAUUCGACCACUUCAUGCAGAAGGAAAUCUUCGAGCAGCCAGAGUCAGUGGUCAACGCCAUGCGUGGUCGUCUAGAUCCCGCCAAUAAGACCGUUACCCUUGGCGGUCUCCGACAGUAUAUCACGACCAUCAGGCGCUGCCGCAGGAUUAUCUUCAUUGCCUGUGGUACUUCGUUCCAUUCUUGCAUGGCUGUCCGUGGUAUUUUUGAGGAAUUGACUGAGAUUCCGAUUGCCGUGGAGCUGGCCUCGGAUUUCUUGGAUCGCCAAGCGCCGGUCUUCCGUGAUGACACCUGCGUGUUUGUGUCCCAAUCUGGUGAAACUGCAGAUUCGCUUAUGGCUCUGCGCUACUGCUUGGAACGCGGCGCACUCACCGUCGGUAUCGUCAACUCUGUUGGCUCUUCCAUCUCCCUUCUCACUCACUGCGGUGUCCACAUCAAUGCUGGCCCCGAAAUCGGUGUCGCCUCCACCAAGGCUUACACAUCCCAGUUCGUUUGCAUGGUGAUGUUUGCCCUCUCUCUGUCCGAAGACCGCGCGUCUAAGCAGAAGAGGAGAGAAGAGAUCAUGGACGGUCUCUCUAAGGUUUCGGAGCAGUUCAAGGAGGUUCUCAAGCUUGACCAGCCCAUCAAGAAGCUUUGCGAGAGGUUCAAGGAUCAGAAGAGUUUGCUGCUACUCGGACGCGGCUCUCAGCACGCUACAGCCCUCGAAGGCGCUCUUAAAAUUAAGGAAAUCUCUUACCUCCACUGUGAGGCUGUCAUGUCUGGAGAAUUGAAGCACGGUGUACUCGCUCUUGUCGAUGAGAACCUCCCAAUUGUCAUGAUCCUCACACGAGACGACAUUUUCGCCAAAUCUUUGAAUGCCUACCAGCAGGUUAUUGCUCGAGCGGGACGACCGAUCAUUAUCUGCCACGAGAACGACCCAGAGUUCCCCGCUGACAAGACGGACAAGAUCGAGGUUCCUAAGAACGUCGACUGCUUGCAGGGUCUGAUAAACGUCAUUCCUUUGCAGCUGAUGUCAUACUGGAUGGCAGUCGCGGAGGGCCUGAACGUUGAUAUGCCUCGUAACCUAGCCAAGUCGGUGACGGUCGAGUAAAAUUUUGACAGUCUCUUUGGAAUUGGCGUCUUAGAGGUUGCUCACCUAGCUGGCUAUGUAUGGGCUUUGGUUGGUGUUACGAAUGCUACGGGACCAAUAAUGGUAUGCUCUCGAAUGUUUGGAUGAGCAGACGACCUGGGGCCAGGUUCUGCAAUGGGAUCGAACUAUGAAGUAUAUGUGCACGACACCAAAGCCAGC